AUGAAUACCAAGCAGCAGAACACUGGUGCUAUCCACCAUCCUGGGUCGGCUCCAGCAAAGCAGACCUCUCGCCCCAGCCCAUUCGGCCCCUUUGUUCAGUCCAAAAACUACUGCUUCAAUACUGAGCCCGAAGGCCAUGAUCUCUCUGCUCACCGGUCUGAUCUCUCCCUUCCACGUCCCAGUCUCUCCUCGCACAGCAUCAUGAUCUCCGGUACAGUUUCCUCCCCACCUACGAAACUAGGAUCAGGCCUUCUCAACACCUCACAACAUCAACACCUGGGCAAUAACAGCAAAAAGAACACAUCAAUGUCAACAUCCACCAAUACCAGCAGUCUGAGUGACCAAACCAGAAAUACGUCCGGAAUCAAGAGCCUCGCCUUUCGCAAAACCCACUCUCAGCCUUCGCCCAGCCAUAACGAGACAUCUCCGUUCGAACACACCAACACAGCCUCUCAUAGGAGUUUGAAGAACUCUUUCAAAAGCAAACCGAGCAAACAUGAUCAGGCCCCGACCCAAUUUGACGGCGCCCACCCUCAUCAUCAGAUCAACGGCAACAAACAAGUCGACCAUUCAUACUACGAGUUCUAUGCGUCUUCAGCGCAGCCGGAUUCUGGCGUCGCUUCCUUUAAUGCAAUUUUUCAGCAGCAUCCCAAGAACAUGCACGACGAGCGGAUAAUGCUUGAGGAAUGGCUGCAAAAGAGAUCAUCCUCAUUACAGCUCGUUUGGAAGCGACGGUGGUGCGUCCUGCGAGAUGAUCGCCUUUACUAUUAUCGGACUAAUACCGAUACGAAGCCUUUGGGAGUACUCCAUCUUGCGGACUAUUCCAUUCUAACUUCAGGACCCGAGGUCUCCAGAAAGUCCAAGUAUGCAUUCCGACUCUCGUCCUCCGAGUCCAUACCGCACGAACACCAACAUCAUAUGUUCCAUGCAGAAACCCCGCAGGCACUCGAUCUUUGGUUGGACGCAAUCCAGGCCCAUAUCAACCAUGCGCUUGCCCAUCUAGAGGGGACUUAUAGUCUCCUGGAUCAGAACCAGGAGGGUCAAGGGUCUGGAUCAGUAAAAGGAGGACGAGGGUCCAGGAGGUCCCGUGAUAAUUCCCUUCAGUCUGCAGGGAACGAGCAGUCGAUCAUCGACAAGGUACUGGACCGACUGCAGCUGGAGGACCCGACACUCUCGGAUAUGAACGAUCCUUCGACAUUGAUCAUGCCAGCACAUGAACAUCCCACGUCAUCACCUUCUUUGUCGUAUCAACACCCGACACAAAAGUCGUUCAAGGAAUUGCAGUUCAGUUUGGACGACAAUCUUGAUGGCUGGGCACCUUCGGCCUCACCGACUCUGAAUGGUAGUAGCAGUCAUGGGGCGUCCACAAAGCCCAGUUUGGACUCGCUGCCGUCCCAACAGCGGAGUCCCAUCGUGAUCCGUGGUGUCCAUCCGCAUCGAACGCUCAACUAUUCUGGAGGCAGCCUCACCCAGAGUCCGACAUCGAGCUAUACGGACCAGCACUCGAAUUACUCGAGCUACACUGAGUUCAGUCUUGGCGGGAACAGCAGUGGCAAGACUAGUGGCAGCUAUAGCAGGGGCACGAUCCAACCUCUGGAUCAUCAGGGACGAUCAAGUCUGCAGCAAGGCCGUGGUGCAAAUCAAGGGAGUUUCCAUUCCCCCUCGUCUUCAUUGACGGGGCACAACUCUCCGCAGCCUCAUCCACGGAAGAAUGGACAGACGAUCUGCAUUGAUGCAGGUACAAAUCAGCAGCAUCAUUUGGGAUUGCUAUGGAUGCGGGACCACCACGCCGAUACUGAUGACAAAUUUCCUCACCUAUUUUCAUUCCUGUUAGCAGGAUGUGUGUCGCCUAAUACGAGUUCUCCGAAUUUUUUGGUUUCCUCGCCAAAGAUGAUCGGUUUUGGCAGCUCUGCGGCUGCACUCGCCUCAUACACCAAUGCCAGUAGCAGUAACCAUGCAAUGCCAUCCUCCCCUCAAACGCGGUGCCACAGGGUCGACACCAAUCCGCUUGGUUCGCAGCGCACCGAAAGCAAUGCCUCAUCCGGCUCUAUUUCGACUAUCAACUCGUGUAGCGCAGAUGCCAAUGGUUUCUCAGAAACAGUGACUGAGAAUGCAUCGGCUGUGACGAGCAUUGGCGAGGAUCCGAGAAAGAAUAGCAUGACCCUAUCGGUGACAUCUGGGAAGAAGUAUUGCACGGACCAUGAUCUUCCGCUCAUGCAGAUCGUGGAUCGAGAGGAGAAUGUGACGGCGGCGACGAGUCCCAAGAAAACAAAGAAGCUGUGGAAUGCUUAUGGAGGAGGAGGGCAGCCGCCUGUGUUGGAGAAGGCGAAUGGUGGUUGCGGCAGUGGUACAAGUUUGGGUAGAAAGAACGUUAGUCAAACGCUGGAUACGAACAGCUCCAUGUUCCAAAGUCUAAUCUUGGUAUCGGCGCCCUCGAAAAAAUCAAGCAGCAGUAGCGGCAAACAGGACCACAAAGGAUUCUCAAAAUCGAUGAGCUCACUGACCAAAGGAUCCGAAGGCGAGGCAGGCGACCCUCUACACCUCUUGCUUUCCCCAUACUCUCCGGCAUCAUCGUCAUCGAAGCUUGUUGGAUUCGACCAGUCCACGGCCUCGCUCUCGUCCAGGUCCAGGAUGCGAUCUCCCUCAGUUUCGGUUCUGGAUGAGGUGCUCCAAUCGUCCUCUCGGUCGUCGACCCAGAAGUUGCACAACAACCGGCAACCGUAUUCGUCGAACUUGCUGGCACCGAAGAUCACAACGGCGCCUAUUUCGCUGAUCACGAACGACUGGUCCACCCAUGUGCACAAUCAGAGGUGCCAGCAACAGCGAUGUAUCGAUCUGGAACUCGAGCGCAUUGGCAGGGAUAGCGUUGGGGAUGUAGCGAAACAUAUUGUGGCACCGGACGAGCUUGCAAUGGCGAUCAACCAGGAAGUGGAGGAGCGGAUACAGAAGCAGGGGCUUGAGCGGUUCGAUAGGUCGCAGGAGGAGGAAAGUCGACCAGUGUCGAUUAUGAGGCCAGCGACGAGUCCUGAGACUGACAAUGUAAGUGAUGGAAACAGCGAGGGGAGACCUACGUCCGCAGCAACAUCCGCACUUGUAGGCGUUACAGAGUCGUAUGUCGAUGUUUUCAAGGCCGAUCUGCCAGCACACGAUACAGGAAAGGAGGACGUCCAAGGGAACGCCGUUCAGAAAAAUGAUUCAGGUUCUUCGCCUAAUGAUGAGGCACACGAGAUUCUCUUGUCUGCCUUUGCUGCAACAGCCUCAGCGCCAGAAUCGACGUGCUCAUCUUCAUUUUCUGGUCGGACCGAAGGCGCUGUGGAUAAUGCGGUUAUUGGCGCUGUUCGCGUCAAGAGUCCGCCGACAGUUUCGGUAGUGACAGGUGAUAGUUUGAGAAGCCCAAUCGGUCGUCCUUUGACGGAAUCUCCUCGAUCCUCGACCUCUCCUGUUCUUCCUCCAGCAUUGCCAAGACGCUCUCCGUUCCGUUCGGCGCCUAUCCCUGCGAUAAAUCAGCUCUAG